AAACGCUUUACAGAUUUCAAAACUCCUCAAUCAAAUGCGCAAACCCGAUAUUCUCGAAAUCCCACAAGAAUGCUCUUAACAUCCUCCCAAGUCUCCGUGGCAAUCUCCUCAUUCAUCGUCUUCUUCUUCACAGCCGCACUUUUCCUAUCAGGAUACGUGCUUCAACAGCAGACAGUCCGCGAUUUACGAGCGGCGAUAAAACCGCAGCUCGUGAGGCCGAAGCCGGGCCCGGAUUUAUAUCUGCCGCCGCAGUUUCGGGAUGCGGAGUAUUGGGAGGCGAGGGGUGUUGUUGAUGCGGCGAGGGUUGAUGAGGAGCAGGGAAGUAGUGAGAAAGGAGCCAGAAAUGGAGCCGGAGAUAGCGAAGAAAAGACAACAGACGGGGAUGAGGAUGAUAUGAUUGGAGCGACGAGGUGGCAGAAGGCUGCUAGGAGAAAGAAGAAAUUAAUGGAGGAGAAGGGUUUGAAAGAAGCACAAAAGCCUAUAAUUGAAGAACAGAGUGGUGUGGAAGAGCAGAGAGAGGUACCGAAGCCACCGGAAAAGCCUAUAAGUCGAGCGGAAAGGAGGAGGAGGAUAAAAGAGCAGAUUCUUGCUGAAGGGGAAGGAGAGGGAUUUAAGGGAUACAAGAGGCGGAUGUGGUGAUCAUGGCCAUUGUAAUAUUAGUACGUGGGACGGGAUAUAUGGACUGGGUAACCACAUCUGGGAAGGCUGGAGGGAUUGGGUUUUGGCGUUUUGGACCACUGGUACUGGUAGAUCAACGACGAUAUGAGAUUUGUGUAUAUUUGAUUGAUAUACCCCUCAAUGGCCCAGCCAUGGCUAUGCUUUUCCGUUCCCGUGCCCCAUGGACCUCAAAACGCCUCUAACAAAUUCAAAAAGCCGCCGUCCCGCUAAAUAGACAAUUUCUCAAAUCGAUAGCCUGACAGCCUCUAUCCAUUUCUUCCGGAAGUUGUCCGGCUAACCCUCUCCCUUCUCGUCUUCUCCUCAUCCCUCCUCAUCUUUUCCCUGUUGACAUUCUCCACCCAUUGCUCGUCGGCUUGGGGGAUUCCGUUCUGAUUACUUGAGCUGCUUGAGCUGCCAGCUUGU